GUAGUAGAAACACCGCAGAAGUAAAUAUCAGACAACCCUUAUCUAUCAAUUGUUGACUAAUUAUUACGCAACACGUACUUCCAUGCCCACUUCGACGCUUCCAAAUUUUGGAUUUUAUACAAUGAUUUAUUUUUAUUCUUCCAUAAAUUAGUAUUCCAAUCUUCAUUGUCGGGACACCAUGAUUUUUUGAGGUUUCUUGUUCUAUAUAUUAGUGGCGGUAUUUCAUCUGUAAUUCCUACCGAUCUGCCAACAGAUUUCAAAAUAUUAGAAGGAAGAUCUUUGCUGCUGGGGACGUAAUACAGAACUGUAAGUCCUAGCGUCAACGGCCUUUAAAAGUUACUUUGGGGGAAAUUUAGGCUUCUGAAGACUGAAUUGCAACGAGUUGGCUUGUUGCUUGGGGGCUUCUUGACACUUCAUGCUGUCUUAAGAGCAUAAAAGAAGAUCUAAGUCUGCAUGUUUCCUGUUAAAAAAUCUGUAUAUUAUGGUUGUGUUUGCAUAGUGAUUUUGGUCAUUUCAACGCUAGGCAACUACUCUUGAAUCAUUGCAUAUUUGCUCCAUGCUCUGUUGACUUUGUUAAUUAGAAGGGUGUUUUCAACACUUGGCGAUUUCUCCAGCAUCUUGUAUUUGCUCCACACGAGGAAAAUACUUUGCUGCAACAAGUUAGAGAACACCAAGUUUAUCUUUUCUAAAAACAGAUUUAUUUUAUCUGGCACCAUCUCUGAUUGGUCCAUAGGAAAAAAAACAUUUUGCUGCUCUAUCAAUCAAGGAAUAUGAAUAGGGAUAAGGAGAGUUUUGGGGAAAGUUCUAGUUCAAGUUCCUUGAGCAGUCAACAAGAUGUUGGAGAUGAUAGGAUGAUUGCAGAGAUACUUUCUGAAGAAAACUCAAAACCAAAUGGUGCAGUUGGUAGGCGCCUAUCACAUCUAGAUUCCAUUCCGCAUGUCCCUCGCAUUAAUGGGGCUAUACCUGAUGAAAACGAUGCAACUUUUGAUCACCAACGACUAUUUGACAGGUUAAAUCUGUAUGGUUUAUGUGAAUUGAAAGUAGCUGGUGAUGGAAACUGCCAGUUUCGGGCAUUGUCAGAUCAGCUAUAUAAUUCUCCAGAGCAUCACAAGCAUAUCAGAAAGGAGAUAGUCAAGCAGCUGAAAAAAUUUCGAUCUGCAUAUGAGGGUUAUGUACCCAUGAAGUACAAGCGUUAUUACAGGAAAAUGAGAAAGUCUGGAGAAUGGGGAGAUCAUGUUACUCUGCAAGCAGCUGCCGACCGGUUUGGAGCUAAAAUAUGUCUUCUUACUUCAUUUAGAGAUACUUGCUUCAUUGAGAUCAUUCCACAACAACAGACUCCAAUAAGAGAAAUUUGGCUGAGCUUCUGGUCUGAAGUACAUUACAAUUCUUUAUAUGAAGUUGGAGAAGUUCCAUAUAGGGUGCCGAAGAAGAAACAUUGGUUGUUUUAAAGAUGCUUUCCUAAGGUUUUACUGGGGGGAAUGAUUGCUUGGGAAGCAUGCUGCUUAAUUCGUGGGGCAUAUAUUGGUUAUUUUUGUUACAACCAAAAAUUAUGAAUUUUGUUCUUUGCCUAAAUUGUUCUAUACCAUUUGAGGUCUUUUUAUGUAUAUUAGUGGCACUGAAUUAAGGCUUCUUCCAAGCAUCAUGUCUUCUCAUUGUGUAUAGGCUUUGUUAAUUUGAUAAAAUCCAAAUGUUUUCAAAUUUU